GCCAAAGUACAGUAAGAUUUCUGUUGAGCUCAUUAUUGAAGGAAUACAGACAAAGUCAAUUCCUUGGUUGCAUGAUUAUGAUGAGACAGAGCAGAGAGAAAAGCUGAAGCAAGCUGUACACUAUGUGACCUCAAAAAUUGUCUUUCCUUUGGUUCAGUCCUUCUUUUAUGUUGUAGAGUCAACCAGUUUCAAGAACAGACUUUUUUUCUUUCGAAAGAAAACUUGGUUUAGGCUGGUUGACUCUGCAAAAAAUAAAUUUAUAACACUUUGUGGCCUUAGAAAAGUUGAGGAGCAUUGGGUUGCAGAGAAAAUGAAAAUUCAGAAAUGCUUGGGAGUCGCCAAUGUUCGUUUCUUUCUCAAGAAAUCUGGCUUGAGACCUGUUGUGAAUAUGUCUAGUCACAGAAAAGGAACAAAUGUCAGUAUAAACAUGCACCUUAAAGCUCUUUUGCUUAUUUUAAAAUUUGAAAAAGAGAGCAAUCCUAAUCAACAAUUAUUUGGGGCUACUAUUAUGGGG